AUGCCGGAUAGGAACUCCUCCUCAUGGAAUUUCAUGAUUUCUCGCUAUUACAAGUUGGGUGAUAUCCUUUCUGCCCGUUUGAUCUUUGAUUACAAUUUUAUGGAAUGGGCGAUGAUUGAUGGGUAUUGUAAGAUGGACGACCUGAAAAAAGAUUGGGACUUGUUUGAUCGGAUGGGGUCUGCAAUGAACUCUCACUUGGAAUACUAUGAUCUCAGGGAGCAAAAUGUGAAACCUACUGAGGUAACCAUGGUCAGCUUAUUACCUGCUUGUGCUCAUCUAGGUGCCUUAGAUAUUGGUAAAUGGAUUCAUGCCUAUAUUAGACAACAAAACUUAAGAACUGAUGUUGUUUUCGGCAAUGCUCUUAUAGAAAUGUAUGACAAAUGUGGGAGUAUAGAGGCUGCUUUUGAUGUCUUCCAUGGGCUACCCACCUAA